AUGAAUUCGGUGGCUGGAAAUAAAGAGCGAAUUGCAGUCACAACGCGGAGCAGAAAAUACGGGGACCCAGGCUUCUCUUCAGUGAUUCACGACAAACUCCAAGUUCCCAAUACCAUUCGGAAGGCGUGGAAUGAGAAGGACAACAGAUGUGACGUUUGUGCUACCCACCUGAACCAGCUGAAGCAAGAGGCCAUUCAGAUGGUGCUGACAUUAGAGCACGCUGCCAACUCUGAACAUUACGAUGCCUCGCCAGGCUCCCCGCCACCCCUCUCCAACAUCCCCACUUUAGUGGGCUCCCGGCACAUGGGCAGCCUGCAGCCCAGGGACUGGGCAUACGUGCCUGCUCCUUAUGCUACAUCUAAUUAUACAGGCUUUGUGGCCAACAAGCACAGUGGGAAACCCAACAGUCUAGGAAUUGUCAAUGGGGUGGAGAAGAAAAAUGGCUCUCCUGGACACCAAGCCAAGGUCAGCUUUCAAGUGGCCACCAGCCCCAGCAAUGGUAAUGUUCUCAACUCUGUGGCUAUCCAGGCUCAUCAGUACCUUGACGGCACCUGGUCAUUGUCAAGAACAAAUGGCGUCACUCUGUAUCCCUACCAAAUCUCUCAGCUUAUGACAGAGACUAGUCGAGAGGGCCUGACUGAAGCAGCAUUGAACCGCUACAAUGCAGAUAAACCCUCCUUGUACAGCUUCCCUGGUUCCCAGAGCACAUAUGUUGCUAGCGAUGUAUCCACAGGCACCUCAGUGGCAGCAUCAUUUUUUGCCAGAGCUGCUCAGAAAUUAAACCUGUCUUCCAAAAAGAAGAAGCAUAGGCCUUCUGCAUCAUCUGUUCCUGAGUCUCCUCUCUUCUCCACCAGCUUCGGCAGUAUCCUUCAGACCUCCCCACCCCCUGCACCACCAUGUUUGUUGAGGGCAGUCAGCAAGGUGAAGGACACCCCCGGUGUGGGCAAGGUCAAAGUCAUGGUGCGCAUUUCUUCCACGCUUGCCAGAGACACGUCGGAGUCCAGCUCUUUCUUAAAGGUUGAUCCUCGUAAGAAGCAAAUCACGCUGUAUGACCCAUUGACCUGUGGAGGUCAGAACACCUUCCAAAAAAGGGGCAACCAGGUCCCACCUAAGAUGUUUGCCUUUGAUGCAGUUUUCCCCCAAGAUGCAUCACAGGCUGAAGUAUGUGCUGGGACUGUGGCUGAGGUGAUCCAGUCAGUGGUCAAUGGGGCGGAUGGCUGUGUGUUCUGCUUUGGCCAUGCCAAACUUGGAAAGUCAUACACCAUGAUCGGAAAGGAUGAUUCCAUGCAGAACCUCGGCAUAAUCCCUUGUGCCAUCUCCUGGCUCUUCAAGCUGAUUAAUGAGCGCAAAGAGAAGACAGGAGCCCGCUUUUCGGUCCGAAUUUCUGCAGUGGAAGUGUGGGGGAAAGAAGAAAAUCUUAGAGACCUGUUGUCAGAAGUGGCUACAGGCAGCCUGCAAGAUGGUCAGUCCCCAGGCGUCUACCUUUGUGAGGACCCCAUUUGCGGCAUGCAGCUUCAGAAUCAGAGUGAGCUCCGGGCCCCAACUGCGGAGAAGGCUGCUUUCUUCCUCGACGCAGCUAUUGCUUCCCGUCGCAGCAGCCAGCGAGACUGCGAUGAGGAGGAUCACCGCAACUCUCACAUGCUCUUCACUCUGCACAUCUAUCAGUACCGAAUGGAGAAGAGUGGCAAAGGCGGAAUGUCAGGAGGUCGCAGCCGCUUGCACCUGAUUGACCUGGGGAGCUGUGUGAAAGUGCUCAGCAAAAACCGGGAGGGGAGCUCGGGCCUGUGUCUCUCGUUGUCAGCACUGGGCAACGUCAUCCUCGCCCUCGUCAAUGGCAGCAAACACAUCCCAUACAAAGACAGCAAGCUCACCAUGUUGCUUCGGGAGUCCUUGGGGAAUAUGAACUGCCGCACCACAAUGAUAGCUCACAUUUCAGCCGCCGCGGGGAACUAUGCUGAGACGCUGUCCACCAUCCAGAUUGCAUCAAGGGUCCUCAGGAUGAAGAAGAAGAAAACUAAGUACACAUCCAGUUCUUCUGGAGGAGAGAGCUCUUGUGAGGAAGGCAGGAUGCGAAGGCCAACCCAGCUGAGACCUUUCCAUUCUCGAAACACUGUUGACCCAGACUUCCCUAUUUUACAUCUAUCAAGCGAUCCUGAUUAUUCAUCCAGCAGUGAACAGUCCUGUGACACAGUGAUUUACGUUGGCCCCAAUGGCACUGCCCUUUCUGAUAAGGAACUGACAGAUAAUGAGGGUCCCCCUGACUUUGUUCCCAUAGUUCCUGCGCUGCAGAAGAGCAAAAAUGAGGGCAAGUUAGAGGAGGUUUGUGAAUCAGGACCCAGCACAUCGGAAAGAGACUGCCUGAAGUGCAACACCUUUGCAGAGCUCCAGGAGAGGCUAGAUUGCAUAGACGGCAGUGAAGAGACCGACAAAUUUCCCUUUGAAGAGAUGCCUGCUCAAUUUAGCUCAGACCAGAUGUCUAAGUGCUCUGUCUCAAGCCAACUGGCAGAGCUUAGUCACUUGCCGGAGUCAGAUAAGGAAGAUACCAUACCAGAAUGUCAGUAUCCUGAGAGAGAAGCCAAGGAAAAUAUAAAUGCAACACCCAGCAAAACUAAGAGAAAUCACUCCCCUGUUCCUUCUGGAGCUCUCACUAAUGUUUCAACUCCUUCUUCUCCAAGGAGCGUAACUGGCAGCUCUAGUAAAGAGCUUAGCUCUUCCCAGUUAGCACACAGCACAAGCUUGCAGAGCAGCAGAGAAGGUCUCAACACCUGUGGCUUUGUGGAAGGCAAACCUAGGCCAAUGGGUUCGCCCCGGCUUGGCAUUGCAAGCCUCUCCAAGACAUCUGAGUACAAGCCACCAACCUCUCCUUCCCAGAGAUGCAAGGUCUAUACACAGAAAGGAGUCUUGCCCAGCCCCACUCCCCCACCAGCUCCCUUGAGUAAGGAUGCUGGGGUGAUGUCCAGUGAAUCCUCACUGCAGCCAGAAAUCCGGACCCCUCCUGUAGGAAUGAGCCCACAAAUCAUGAAGAAGUCAGUGUGCUCCAGCAAUGGGGAAUUUGAAGAGACCAUUCUUGACGAAGAUCAGCAACAAAACAUUUCACCAGAAUCCAGGAAGGAGACUUUAAGCACCACCAUGGUGACUGUGCAACAGCCAUUAGAGCUGAAUGGAGAGGAUGAGCUGGUGUUCACCCUCGUAGAAGAACUAACCAUUAGUGGGGUCCUUGACAAUGGGCGCCCAACCAGUAUCAUCAGUUUUAACAGUGACUGCUCUGUGCAGGCUUUGGCCUCUGGGUCUAGGCCAGUCAGUAUUAUCAGCAGCAUCAGUGAAGACCUUGAAUGUUACUCCAGUGCAGCUCCUGUGUCUGAGGUCAGCAUCACACAGUUCCUUCCACUGCCAAAAUUGGGACUAGAUGACAAAUCCCAGGAUGAUGGCAGCAGGCGCUCAUCCAUCAGCUCAUGGUUGAGUGAAAUGAGCACAGGGAGUGACGGUGAACAGUCGUGCCACAGUUUCAUAGCCCAGGCUUGCUAUGGUCAUGGGGAAGCAAUGGCAGAGCCUCCUGUCUCUGAGUUUGCAAGCACCGUACAAAGUGCUAGCGUGAUUUGUGUAAAUGACAAACAGAAGCCAGUAGCUGACAACAUGCUCAUACUGUCAGAAAUGGGUGAGGAAGCUUUCGGCAAAGUGCCACCCAUCAAAGGCUGUAAAAUAUCAGCUGUAGGGAAAACGACUGUCACAAUCAAAAACACUGCAAGCCUCAGCAGCUGUGAGGGCUACAUCCCAAUGAAGACAAACAUUACCGUUUAUCCCUGUAUUGCUGUUAAUCCUUUUAAAGCACAAGACACCGAUGAUGCUGUAUCGGCAGUAACUACAGACUCAAAAGUUGCUCAUCCCCAUGAAGGGAAGGAAUCCAGUGCUAAAAAGGAUCCCAAAUUUGAAGACCCUUGGCUAAAGAGAGAAGAAGAUGUAAAAAAGGACAGCUCGGGGAGCAGUGAUGGGCCAAAGCCUGACACGGCCACAGUUUCAGCCAAGCCUGAGCAAAGCACAAAGCAGACCUCAGUGGACAGGUUUAGCAGCAGCAGCAGUGGGGACACCUCUAUCUCCCCAGGAUCUGACAGUCUAAAGAGGAUCGUGGAUGGGUGUGAGAUGGCAGCUUCGGGCUCUGCAACCCAAAGCCCUGUUCAUUCCACUGACAGCUUGAAGAACAGUAGUCUCCCUCGAGGGCUCCCGAAGGCAAGCAAGCCGGAGGAGCCUGAAGGUGUUCUCCAUCCUACUGCCACUGACAACAGCAGCAUCAGCUCUUCUGCCCUUCCCCAGUUUUCUAAGGCUAGCCUAGACAAAAAAAUGGCCUCUCCCAAACACUGUGUCCUCACUCGUCCCAAAGGGACCCCUCCUCUGCCUCCGGUGAGAAAGUCAAGCUUGGAUCAGAGGAACAGAGCCAGCCCCCAACACAGUGCCGCCAGCAGCACCACAAGUAGUCCCUCCAGCCAGCCUGUGUCUUUCCUGGCAAGCUUUCCUGAUGAGCUGAAUGGCAAACAGAAGGGCCCUGGCAUUGACAGCAGCAGCAGCAGCAACAGCAGCAGCAAGUUAUUUAGUGCCAAACUUGAGCAGCUUGCCAGCAGGACCAACUCCCUUGGGAGGGCCACAGGAAGCCACUAUGAGUGUUUGUCACUGGAAAGAGCAGAAAGCCUGUCCUCAGUGAGCUCCAAAAUGAGCCCUGGCAAAGACACUACCAUGCCUAGGGCUGGAAGGAGCCUCAGCCGCAGUGUCAUGUCCUCACCAACCAACUCGGGCCUCUCGCAGUCUGCAGGUGCCUCCCCAAAAGCCAGUCAAUCUAAGAUCUCUGCAGUCAGCAAGCUCCUGUUGGCAAGUCCCAAGGCCCGAAGCCUGUCUGCCUCUGCCACCAAAACACUCAGCUUUUCCACCAAGUCUCUGCCUCAGUCCAUAGUGCAGAGUUCCAAUUUGCCUCCGAGUGGGAAGAGCAUGUCCUGGUCAACACAAUCCCUCAGCAGAAACCGAGGCUCCAAUCUUGCUUCCAAAUUGCCUCUUCGAGCUGUCAAUGGACGCAUUUCAGAGCUACUCCAAGGGAGCACAAGUGCUAGAGCUUUACAGCUGCGUGGAAACUCCGAGGCAGAUGAGCGUGGGGGCCUUCAUGGAGAGGAGAAACCAGCUAUUCACAUGCUGCCUUCACCUUACAGCAAGAUCACCCCUCCUCGGAAACCUCACCGCUGUAGCAGUGGCCAUGGAAGUGACAACAGCAGUGUCCUGAGUGGGGAGCUGCCCCCAGCCAUGGGGAAAACUGCUCUUUUCUACCACAGUGGGGGAAGCAGUGGCUAUGAGAGCAUGAUGAGAGACAGCGAAGCAACAGGGAGCGCUUCUUCAGCGCAAGACUCUAUGAGUGAGAAUAGCAGCUCUGCUAGUGGGAGGUGCCGAAGUCUCAAAAAUCCAAAGAAGCGAUCAAAUGCAGGUUCACAGAGACGGAGGAUUAUUCCAGCUUUAUCACUUGAUACAGCUUCCCCAGCCAGGAAGCCUGCCAAUAGCCCUGGGAUCCGCUGGGUGGAUGGACCUCUGAGAAGUGGACAGAGGGGGCUGGGUGAGCCCUUUGAGAUCAAAGUCUAUGAGAUAGAUGAUGUGGAGCGACUUCAACGGCGACGAGGUGGGGACAGCAAGGAGGUGAUGUGUUUCAAUGCCAAGCUGAAAAUCCUGGAGCAUCGCCAGCAGAGAAUUGCUGAGGUCAAGGCCAAGUAUGAGUGGUUAAUGAGAGAACUGGAGGUGACCAAACAGUACCUGAUGCUGGAUCCGAAUAAAUGGCUCAGUGAAUUUGACCUGGAGCAGGUAUUUGAGCUGGAUUCUCUGGAAUACCUAGAGGCCCUGGAAUGUGUGACCGAACGUUUGGAAAAUCGUGUCAACUUCUGUAAGGCCCACCUCAUGAUGAUCACCUGUUUUGACAUCACUUCUAGACGCCGAUAGAGAACGAACCUCAAGAGAAUUUCAACACAAAUCUCUGCCAUCCUCCUUUUUCCUUCUGAUUAGCAUCCCAAAGACAACAGAAUGAGGAUGAAGGUUUGAGUCAAGUCUCAGUUGUGUGUAUGAGAGAUUUGCUUUAUUAUUCUGAAGAGCAGUUUAAAAAAAAAAAAAAAAAGGAUGAGCAUGAAAAAAUGGAGAUACAAGGAUGUUGAUUCUCUUAGAGUAAAAGAGCACUUUGAGGAACCUUUAAGGAUAUGUCUGUAAAUAAACUGCUGGCAGAAGAGAUUUCUUUCCCAAAAAAAACGAGCUGAGGGAGGAGGAAAGGUGGUUGUAGGACUUCCACUGAGAGGUUCAUUAAAAAAAAAAAAAAAACCUACCCAGAAAGACUGCUUAAGUGCCUUGCAAAUCUUUAUUAUCCAAACAUUUAUGUUCAUACUUUCUUGUGUACAGAUGGUGCUAGUCGAGAAAAGAAAAAGGAAAAAACAAACACACUUUUGAAAUGUAUUUACGGCUUGUUUUUCUCUUGGUGUUUUCUCCUAUUUCAGACUUGCUGUUUCUAAGUAACUUGUGUUUGUAGAGAUAUUUCCUAAUCAGUACAACAUAUGAAUAAAUGUUAACUGUCCUUUAUUGUUACCAGAGUAAGGCCACUCAAAGAGAAAUUUAACUUUCCCAGAUGACCUCAGAAAUGUUCGUAGCUGUGAGGGAGGUCUGAUUAUGUGCUCUUCUGUACUAUUUUAUAUUGGAGGACACAAAAAUUUUCCCAACCUGUAGAUUCUGCAAUGUAUGAGAGAAGCGAGGGGAGAUUACUCUAAAGUGAGUCUCUUUUCCAUUUGAUCCAUCCCCAUGAUUUGUUUUCUUUUUCAUCUGUUUUUAGCUUUGUACUAGCUAGAGUUCUGGAUGAGAGGGCACUUUUAUCCUAGCCCUUUCUCUGGUGCUAAUAACUUGCUAGAAAAUUACUCUUUAGGCUGAGGGUUCCCAUGCUAUCAGUCCAAAAAUGAGUGAUUUAUUCUUUCUUUCUUUCUUGAGAAUAUGACUGAUAACAUUUAAUUUUACCUGUUUUUGACUAAUACCACUUCAAAACAUGUUUCAGCAGCUUUUGUUCCCUGUCCCAGUCUGUCCAUAGUCAUAGCCAUAUGAGAAGUGCAUGCUCUGUUCAGUUCUAGCUAGUCCAGAAAUAAACGUGGAAUGUGAGUGAGUGGACACGGCACAUCAGGCACCUUGGCUGUGACAGUUCCCUUAUCAACCCUGUCUUAUUGAAGCCAUGGCAAAAUUCUCCUUAGCGUCAAAAGUGCAAGGUUCUGGGCCUUGAUGCACAUCCAGAUGUUCUUGUUUGUGUCUUUAUCUAUGUAACAAACAGUAUGUGGGAAGAACAUCCUUUGUGUUACGUAAAGAAAUGUGUGAAAUUUGCGUUCCUAUUGUGUGUGAGCAUACACAAUUAUUUUGUGGUGUGGGUUUCUUCUUCUUUUAUAUUGCAGUAAGCCCAUUCACAAAAAUUCCUCUCUCAUACACGUGUGCAACCCUGUUGCUUAUGUGAAACUAAAAGAGCAUCAUUUAACACAUAUUCAAUGUGCAUCAAUUUACUAUUCUUAAACACAGCUCUUGCUUUACCUGCAGCACCACAUUAAUGCCAUAUUACAAUAUCCCAAGCUGCAACUCCCAGUGGAAAAAAAUACGAAAAUACUGUUAGGUUCUUCUAGUGGUUACCUGGAAAACAUGCAAAAUCAGAUAGAAAUAACUUUUAUAUAGUUUUAUUUUAAUACCCUAAAAUACAUAAUAACAAAUCUUAUUUCUUCUAUCAAUCAGCCUUGUCACUGGAUUUUGUAGAAGAUCCAUUAUAUGUGUUAUAGGAUUAUUUGGCAGGGGAAGGAAAAAGUCCCAUAUGAAAGUUGUUUUCUGUUCCAUUCUACAGUAUUUUCCUGUCAGGAAACUUGCUCAUAUUCCAGGUCAGUAUUAAAAGACAUAGGUCUGCUCUCCCUUCCCUUCCCUCUCAAGGCAAAAAAAAAUUAUUUUUAUUUUUCAAGGAAUAUAUUUCUCUAGAUUUGUUUCUUCUUGCAAUGAUUUCAAUGGACUUGGUUGUAUGUCAAUUCUGUUGAGCCCAUCUCUUCGCCACAGAGCCCCAUGAAUUUAAUAGAUAGCUGCACAGAGCCACGGGAAUUGCCAGUGGAGUUUGAUGGUGGCUGAAGAUCUAGCAUCCUUGGGGUACAGAGUCCAUCCUUCUUUGUGGGCUUAGUCCCCUGGAGCCCCAGGUACACAACCGUCGAGUCACACACCCGCAAGGGAGAGGCUCACAGCAGCUGGCUCCCAUCUCUCACUUGCCUGCGU